UUUUGUGUAGCAACGGAGGAUAUCGUAUUUCCGUCUAAAAUGCACUGUCAGCAGCCUAUAAAACGUGUCAGAUGUAGUUUAUUAUUUGAUUUUAAAUAAAAAACUAACGUACAGUACAAAUUGUGCGUUUCAUAUUUCGUGGACUAUUUUACCUGCGCGGAUGUAUUCAUCAAUUAGUGUUAACUGGGAAAACUCAGGUACGAAUGCCGUUGGUAAAGAGCCAGGAAUUUCUACAAGUAAUGCAUUUUUGAGCUCGUGUGAUCUAUUUAUGGAAUGCUGCUGUGUAGGAAGGUUUCGCUGCUGCUUGGUCGGAGAUGGGGGAUUAAAUAUCGUGAACUUCAUUGCAAAAACUUGUUGAAAUCGACCAAAGUGAAAGUCACCGGCUCGCUUGAGGUCAACCGAGUCUACUUUCGGUUUGAGAGAUACUCCUCAAACAUGUCAAGAAAAAUUGAUGACGUAGAUGAAGGGAUUCUUCUUGGGAUUGGAAAUUCCCUGCUCGAUAUAACAGUCGUAACUGACAAGGCAUUCCUUGAUAGGUUCGACCUGUUGCCUAAUAAUGCUAUAAUUGCUGGAGAAAAGCAGAAAGAUCUUUAUAAUGCCAUGCUGGAGGAGUAUCAACCAACAUACCUACCAGGGGGUGCCACCCAGAAUAGUAUUCGCGUUGCCCAGUGGUUACUUCAGCGACCAAAGGCAACGACUUUUUUUGGCACGGUAGGAAAUGACAAAUUUGCCGAGAUUCUCAAAUCUACAGCUGAAAAGGUUGGUGUGAAUGUACGUUAUCAAGUUGUUGAUGGCACGAGUACAGGACGUUGUGGAGCAUUAAUUACUGAUGAAGAUAGAUCACUCGUAACUCAGCUGGGAGCAGCGGAACAUUUUCAUUCAGAAUUUCUAGACGAGCCUGAUAAUUGGAAAUUAGUAGAACAAGCAAAAUAUUUUUAUAUCGGAGGAUUUUUUUUACCAGUUAGCAUCGACGCAGUACUCAAACUGUGCAAGCAUGCAGUAGAAACAGAUAAAACAGUCAUUAUGAACCUUCACGCCACGUUUCUUUGCAAGCAUUUUGCUGAUACAGAGUUGAAUCUUAUGCAGUAUAUUGAUGUUCUAUUUGGUAACGGUGACGAAGCAGCUGAAUUUUCAAAAUUAAUGGGAUUUAAUACAAGUGAUAUCAAAGAAAUGGCUGUAAAAACAUCACAGCUGCCAAAGUUAAAUAAGUCGAGAGAACGUAUUGUUGUAUUUACUCAGGGACGAGAUCCCACCAUUAUUGCUCAAGGCGGCCUGGUCAACGAACAUAAAAUAGUCCCAGUAAAACAUGAACUGAUCAAGGACACUAAUGGCUGUGGUGAUGCAUUUGUAGGCGGCUUCCUGUCUCAGUUAGCUCAGGGUAAACAAGUGUCCGACUGUUUGAGAUGUGGAAUUUAUGCCUCAAAGGUUGUAAUUGAGUACUUUGGCUGCAACUAUCCAGAUGAACCAGAUUUCGAAUGAUGGAUUGUUUUUACUUUCUUGACACUAUGCUUGGUACAUUAAAGGCUAAUUAUAGUACAUAGUUAGAGAUGUGAGACAUGUAUAGCUACUUAGUUUUAGAAUAUGUGAUUUGUGUGAAAUCUGGUUUAGUGUAAUGGUAUUCUUAGGGUUCAGUGUGAGCUGUAAGUGAAGGUGGAUGGUUCGUUGUCCUGCUUCCUUUGUCCUUCAUUUAACUUUAACAUUUUCUUCUCUGAAACAAUUCAUUAGCAUUACACCAAAUUUUAGCAUCAUAACAAGGUCCCUCUCCAAGUUUGUUCUAAUGAGGUUACUUGGCCCCUUGCAGGGGCCGCUAGAGCUAAAAAUAGAAAGACCUUUAAACAACUUCUUCUCAUAAGCAGAUUGAUGGAUUUUCAUCAAACUUGGUCUGUAGCAUCAUUGUAAGAUCCUGUCUCAAGUUUUUAGCUCGACUAUUCGAAGAAUAAGUAGAGCUAUCCUACUCACCACAGCGUCGGCGUCGGCGUCGGCGUCGGCGUCACACCUUGGUUAAGUUUUUCGUACCAGUCCACAUUUUGACAAAGUCUUUUGAGAUAAAGCUUUGAAACUUUCAACACUUGUUUACCA